AUGUCUGGCAGCAACCCUGAAUCUACUACUUACCCUUUCUCAUCUCACCCUGAACCUACCCUUUCUCGAUCAUCGUUUUUGAUGUCAAUGGAUAGCCCUUCCUCACCUGCUGAAAAUGAUCCAUCAUCUUCUGCCUCAUCAAGAUCAAGAUUUAGAGGAAGAGCCUGGGUCCAUAUUUCCGAAAAUCCUGCCAUUGGUACCGGCCAAAAACAGAACUGGCUUUGGAAGUCUGUUCAUGACCAUUGGCGCUUGAUUGUUGAUAAUCGUAGUCCUGUACGUUCGGUUGAAUCAUUGGAAGCACGGUGGAAAGUUAUCCAGUACGAAGUCUCAAAGCGAUCGGCUUCGUUGAGGCGGCUAAAGGUCGCAGUGGAUGCAAUGGGGCUGAUGAGAUCAAUGCUGCCCGUCAACUAUUCCGUGAGAGCACAGCAGCAGCUGGAAAACCAGGAAAGGAGUUUCAGUUCAUGCAUUGCUAUGAGUAUCUCAAAGAAUGCCAGAAGUUCAGCACUCGAUAUAUACAAAAAACGCAGCCAGCAGUUGUCGAGAACUUUCAAAAAUUGCACGCCAAAAAGCUUGAAGUCGCCCAAGAAGCAUGCGAGCUUGAGAUUAUGUCAAAAGAUACCGACCAUGAAUCCUAUCGCCAAGCAGUAUUUUAUGAUGCGCCAACAGCAAGUCUUGGACGCAUAUAUGAAGAAGCAAGUACAGUCUCCGUCCGUAUCGAAUGGUGAUGGUGGCAAUGGUGAUGGUGAUGCUGGGUUCGAUACACAAUAG